CAUCAACCCAAUCCCGUCCCCAAAAUGACCCUCCUCCACCACACCACAUCUUAUCUAUACAUAUGCCUAUACAUAUAUCUAUACCUACUCACCCACUCAACCAACCCCACUACUCCCAUUCCCAUCCCCCUCCCACACGAAUGCCACCUCGCCCUCUCAAUAUCCCUAACCAUCCUCGCAAGCAAAUUCGGCGCUAGUCGUUCGGGCAUAAUCGUAGCCGGUACCUUUGGCGGUAUCCAUCUGAUCAAUGCCAUUGAUGAUUGUAUGACUGCGAGAGAAACUGGCAAUCUGAAGGAUGGGACUACGUGUGCGAAAUCUGUUAUUAGUGCUGGGAUGUUGUUUGGGUUGGGUUACAAUGAAUAUCGGCGGAUUGGGGGGUCGUGGACCUCGAGCGGUAUUUGAGUUAAAUUGGGGAGGAUGUGUUGGUUGAUGAG